CUCCUCCUCAUCCUCCCCCCCUCCCCCUCCUCCCUAAGUGUACAGACAGCAUCACCAUCCACCUGGUUUGCUUCUGAGAAACAGCAUCUCUCCUUUUCAGGGACCAGAGACUCAGAGAGAGGAGACAUUCUAAUGGAGUCUGCUUGAUACCCCAAAAUAAAAUAAUAAUUUGGCUCUUGUCCCCUCCUCCCACCCCACCCCCCUCAGCCCUGUGUGAGAUGUUGGGUUUCUUCUUCAUGAGACAUUGUUGAGAAGUCGCAGUGGUUGGAGAGCGUAGGGGGUAGACUACCUCUACUCCCCCCCCCCCCCUCUUUUUUCUCUCUGGGAGGAGGAGGAGGGGAAGGGGGCUUGCCGAGCAAGCGAUGGAUGAGGAAAACAUGACGAAAAGCGAGGAGCAGCAGCCUCUGAGUUUGCAAAAAGCCUUACAGCAGUGCGAGUUGGUCCAAAACAUGAUAGACCUGAGCAUCUCCAACCUGGAAGGGCUUAGGACCAAAUGUGCCACCUCCAACGACCUCACACAAAAAGAGAUCCGGACCCUGGAGAGCAAACUGGUGAAAUACUUCAGCCGACAGCUGUCCUGCAAGAAGAAGGUGGCCCUGCAGGAACGCAACGCCGAGCUGGACGGCUUCCCCCAGCUCCGGCACUGGUUCCGGAUCGUGGAUGUGCGCAAGGAAGUCCUAGAGGAAAUCACCCCUGGCCAGCUGAGUCUGGAGGACCUCUUGGAGAUGACAGAUGAGCAGGUGUGUGAGACUGUGGAGAAAUACGGAGCCAACCGGGAGGAGUGUGCCCGCCUCAAUGCCUCCCUCUCCUGCCUCCGCAACGUCCACAUGUCAGGAGGCAACCUUUCCAAACAAGACUGGACCAUCCAGUGGCCCACCACGGAGACGGGGAAGGAGAACAACCCCGUGUGCCCCCCGGAGCCCACGCCGUGGAUCCGCACCCACCUCUCCCAGAGCCCCAGGGUCCAGGCCAAGUGCGUCCAGCACUACUGUCACGCCAGCCCCUCGCCCGGGGCCCCCGUGUACACCCAUGUGGACAGGCUUACCGUGGACCCCUACCCGGGCCUGUGCCCGCCACCGCCGCUGGAGUCAGGCCACCGUUCCCUGCCCCCGUCGCCCCGGCAGCGGCACGCGGUCCGCACCCCGCCGCGCACCCCUAAUAUCGUCACCACCGUGACCCCUCCCGGCACACCACCCAUGAGGAGGAAGAACAAGCUGAAGCCCCCGGGGACCCCGCCGCCCUCCUCCCGGAAACUGAUCCACUUGAUUCCAGGUUUCACCGCCCUGCAUCGGAGCAAGUCCCACGAAUUCCAGCUGGGUCACCGUGUAGACGAGGCCCACACGCCCAAAGCCAAGAAGAAAAGCAAGCCCUUGAACCUCAAGAUUCACAGCAGCGUGGGCAGCUGCGAGAACAUUCCAUCUCAGCAGCGCUCGCCGCUCCUGUCGGAGCGCUCUCUCCGCUCUUUCUUUGUGGGACAUGCACCUUUCCUGCCCUCCACCCCUCCCGUCCACACCGAGGCCAACUUCUCUGCAAACACACUGUCCGUGCCGCGCUGGUCCCCGCAGAUCCCUCGUAGAGACCUCGGCAACUCCAUUAAGCACAGGUUUUCCACCAAGUACUGGAUGUCUCAGACGUGCACAGUCUGUGGAAAAGGAAUGCUUUUUGGCCUCAAGUGUAAAAAUUGCAAGUUAAAGUGCCACAACAAAUGCACCAAAGAAGCCCCACCCUGUCAUCUCCUGAUCAUCCACAGAGGAGACUCAGUCAUUUGUUUUACCCCUACGGAUCCAGCAAGGUUAGUCCGGACAGAGUCCGUCCCGUGUGACAUCAACAACCCUCUACGAAAGCCACCCCGGUAUUCGGACCUGCACAUCAGCCAGACGCUCCCCAAAACCAACAAGAUCAGCAAGGACCACAUCCCUGUCCCUUACCAGCCGGACUCGAGCAGCAACCCCUCAUCCACGACGUCCUCCACGCCCUCCUCGCCAGCACCCCCCCUCCCUCCCAGUGCCACGCCGCCUUCUCCCCUGCACCCUUCCCCACAGUGCACAAGGCAGAAGAACUUCAACCUGCCAGCGUCCCACUACUACAAGUACAAACAGCAGUUCAUCUUCCCAGAUGUAGUGCCAGUGCCAGAGACGCCGACCCGGGCGCCCCAGGUCAUCCUGCAUCCGGUGACCUCGAAUCCAAUCUUGGAAGGAAAUCCAUUACUUCAAAUUGAACUGGAGCCAACCUCAGAGAAUGAAGAGGGCCACGACGAGGCCGAGGAGUCGGAGGACGAUUUUGAGGAGAUGAACCUGUCCCUGCUCUCAGCCCGGAGCUUCCCACGCAAGGCCAGCCAGACCAGCAUCUUCCUGCAGGAGUGGGACAUCCCUUUUGAGCAGCUGGAGAUUGGCGAGCUCAUUGGAAAGGGCCGCUUCGGGCAGGUGUAUCACGGCCGCUGGCAUGGCGAGGUGGCCAUCCGGCUGAUCGACAUCGAGAGGGAUAAUGAGGAACAGCUCAAGGCCUUCAAGCGGGAGGUGAUGGCCUACAGGCAGACGCGGCAUGAGAACGUGGUGCUCUUCAUGGGUGCCUGCAUGAGCCCACCCCACCUGGCCAUCAUCACCAGCCUGUGUAAGGGACGGACUCUCUACUCUGUGGUGAGGGACGCCAAAAUCGUCUUGGAUGUCAACAAAACGAGGCAGAUUGCCCAAGAAAUUGUGAAGGGCAUGGGCUACCUGCACGCAAAGGGGAUCCUUCACAAGGACCUCAAGUCAAAGAAUGUCUUCUACGACAACGGGAAAGUGGUGAUCACAGACUUCGGGCUCUUCAGCAUUUCCGGGGUGCUGCAGGCCGGCAGGCGAGAGGAUAAACUCCGCAUCCAGAAUGGCUGGCUGUGCCACCUGGCACCAGAGAUCAUCCGCCAGCUGUCCCCCGACACAGAGGAGGACAAGCUCCCCUUCUCCAAGCACUCAGAUGUCUUUGCACUCGGCACAAUUUGGUAUGAACUCCACGCCAGGGAGUGGCCUUUCAAGACCCAACCAGCAGAGGCAAUCAUCUGGCAAAUGGGCACCGGCAUGAAACCCAACCUCAGCCAGAUCGGCAUGGGAAAAGAAAUCUCGGACAUUCUUCUCUUUUGCUGGGCCUUUGAACAAGAAGAAAGACCUACCUUCACUAAGCUCAUGGACAUGCUGGAGAAACUGCCAAAGCGAAACCGCCGCCUGUCUCACCCCGGACAUUUCUGGAAGUCUGCAGAGUAA